CUUCAUCAGUACGGUAGUACUAACCCACUAGGAGUUAAUGCGCAAAGCAGCACCUUAGCUUUCGGCCCAUACUUUGGACCUAAAGAUUUGUUAGGUGUCUUAUUUUUAGCGUUAUUUUUUAGCGUUCUAGUAUUUUUUUAUCCUGAUUUGUUAGGUCAUCCAGAUAAUUUAAUUCCUGCAAAUCCAUAUUCAACUCCACAACAUAUUGUACCUGAAUGGUAUUUC